CCCCGAGGGGUGGGGCCUGAGGCCGGGGCGGUGGCGCGGAGAGCGAAGGCGGCUCGCUGGGCACGCAGCCGGGGGCCAUUGAGGGCGAAUAAUUCCCGGCCCGGCUCCCCGGGAGACGGGCUGCGGGGAGGACACCUGGUUGGGUGGGGCCGAGGGGCGGUACGCACCCUGGGGGAAGCCAAUGAGAAAAUCAGGCCCGGCCCAAGGGGGCGGUGCCGUCGGUCACAUGCGCACCUGGGGCGGGUGGCGGCGGCGGCGCGGGCACCGCGAGCCGGCGGAAGGGAGUGGGGCCGGGCUGGGGCGGGGUUAGGCAGGUGAGUGACAGGCUGCGGGGGGCCGGCCCCAGCUGGGAGCCCCAAGCGAGCCGGGAGUAGCUGCGGCGGUGCCCGCCCCCUCUCUCCGCCCCUUCAGCGGGGCUGGUCUCCGGCCGGGCACCGUCGCGGGCCCCCCUGGCCCGGCCACCUGGGACUGAGCAGGGGAGUCGGCCACCUCCCUCCCUCCCUCCCCGGGUCCGCAAAGUUUGUGGCGAGGCCGGCGCCGGGGCAGAGCGCGCCCCCCGGGGGGAGAUCCGGAGCGUCAGAUGCCGGGCGGCAGGAGCCGUUGACCCGGGACGCCGCCGUCCGGGGCAGGGGCGCGGAGCAGCCGACCACCCCGCCGCCUCCGGUGCAUGGGGGCCGGCUGAGGAGCCAGCAUGGGCAACUGCGUGGGGAGACAGCGCGGGGAGAGGCCAGCCGCCCCAGGACACCCCCGCAAGCGAGCAGGCCGCAAUGAGCCCCUGAAGAAGGAGCGACUCAAAUGGAAGAGCGACUACCCCAUGACCGACGGGCAGCUGCGGAGCAAGCGAGAUGAGUUCUGGGACACAGCCCCCGCCUUCGAGGGCCGCAAGGAGAUCUGGGACGCCCUCAAGGCCGCCGCCUACGCUGCUGAAGCCAACGACCACGAGCUGGCACAGGCCAUCCUGGAUGGAGCCAGCAUCACCCUGCCUCACGGCACCCUCUGUGAAUGCUACGACGAGCUGGGCAACCGCUACCAGCUGCCCAUCUACUGCCUGUCGCCGCCCGUGAACCUGCUGCUGGAGCGCAUGGAGGAGGAGAGCCCGGAGCCCCCGGAGCCCACCCCCAGCGUGCGUCGCGAGUUCCCACUGAAAGUGCGCCUCUCCACGGGCAAGGACGUGAGGCUCAGCGCCAGCCUGCCUGACACAGUGGGGCAGCUGAAGAGGCAGCUGCACAGCCAGGAGGGCAUCGAGCCCUCCUGGCAGCGAUGGUUCUUCUCCGGGAAGCUGCUCACAGACCGCACACGGCUCCAGGAAACCAAGAUCCAGAAAGAUUUUGUCAUCCAGGUCAUCAUCAACCAGCCCCCGCCACCCCAGGACUGACGGGUGCACGGACUCCUGGGAGGAGAGGCUCCGGCCCGGAGCACUAAGCCCCGACCCUGCUGCUGCCUUUGAGUGCUGUGAUUUUUCCUGAGGGUGCCUCCCUGCUGUAGGGCUGCUGGGUGAGCGAGAAGGGACCCUGCCUCCCAGGGGCGCUGUGGGCCAUCAGUGCCUGGCGCCCAGGGAGCAGGACUGCCGCACACGGGCCUUGCCAACCUUGUCAGAAAGAAGGCCACGCGGGGCCUGCCACCCCGCCUGUCUCCCGCAGCAGGCAUGAGCCACCAGGGCAGCCUGGAGGCCUCGGAGCCCAGAGCCGUCAUCUGCUGCCGCCAGCCGUGCUCACUCCAGUUUUCUGCUCAGGGUCUGACGCAGCUGCUGUCUCCCUCCUCUGCCCCGGACAUGGUGCCAGUCCCCUGGAGGGGAGGGAACCACCGGGGAUCCCCAGGGCUCGGGGAGCCUGAGGCGGGCCUCUGCCUCUCCCUGCCCCAGCACAAUUGGCAGAGGUGAGGCGGGUGGCUGGGCUUCGCGGCAGGGUCUACACAGGGCUGUCUCCUCGCUGUAACCCAAGCGGUGGGGGAAUCUGCAGCCUGCUCGUGGCCCCCACGGCAGGUCCUGUCACAGACAUAUCUGCAUAUUUAUCAAUAAAGCCUUUUGCUCCUUCC